AUGGAUCUGACUCUCAACACGGGCAAAUCAAUUGCCAUUUUGGAGCUGCGGGGCCAACAAGGUCGUGCAAUCAGGCGACAAUUUGUGAGGAAAGAUCACGCUGGAGAGAGCUUGAAAAUCACACCAAUCGCUGCUGCAGACAUUUUCAUUCCCAUCAAACAGACUGCAAAAUACCUGGGCGUGAUGAUUGGAUAUGGCAACUUCGAAGAUGCCAGUUUGAAACAUCGUUUGAGCUUGAUGCACACGGGAUUCCGACGACUGCAGCGGUGGCUCACUGGAAGACAUAGAUUGACCAUUGCACAACGCUACAAACUUUGGAUCACUUGCAUCUAUCCUAUUUUGAGCUACGGCAUUUUUGCAAUGGGGUUGACACAAGUUGGCAUCCAGAUAGCUACAACACAGAUGAUGACAAUGCUACGCAAACUGAUGCAUGACCAUUCUUACAUUACACGCAGAACCAAUGCUCAUGUGUUGACAUUGCACAAGUUCCAGUCACCGGCGCAAUUGCUGCAUGGUACUGCAGCUCGACUUUUGAGGACCCUGACAGAGCGAAGUGCACAACUCCCUUCACAUGAUUUGGUGCAUACCAUCACUUGGACACAUUUGCCUGAUUUGCUAUCUCGGUUGGACCAUUUGCAGGCCACAGUUUCCUUGGAGACGCCUACGUCAUUUGGACCAGAGGCCUGUGAUACCACACCAUUUUACCAAUGUGCCAGAUGUGAUUUUUGCACUGACAAUGUCAGCAAUUUCAGACGACAUUGCGCAAAGGCACAUGGACAUGCUACUUUUCGGACUCAGUUUGUCAAGCAAUCAGCCUUUACCACUGAUGGAUUACCUACAUGUCGUUUUUGCACAACACGAUUUUCCACAUGGCGCAUGUUUCAGAACCACAUUGACCGGGGAUGCCAGGAGCUUCGAGCUGGUCCUGAGGAGUUCAUUGAUUCCCAGCGGGAACCAGGCAGCCUGUCCAACCUCAUGAGCACGUUGCAACCGCAGAUGGCGGCAGCAAGGGGCAUGCGUAUGAUCACAGCAGAUGAAUUGCACAAUUUGAAUUUGCAGGCUUUUGGACCACGCCUGCUUCACAUUGUGCAUGAGCGAGAGUGGGACAAGGUUGAGCAGGAACGUGAGGCGUGCAGCUACCUUGCAUCCAAAUGCAUCAUCUGCUCGUUCCAAUUCAGCAGAUGCCAAGAACUUCAUCAACAUUUCCGACAGCAGCAUCCCGAGUUAUGGGAGCACGCACCUCAGAAGGCGGUCCAACUCACGAAUUUGUAUUCCUCAGAAAAUGCGGCACCCCUACAUGAAGUGCGCCAACGCUGUGAGCUGUGCUUAGAGUGUUUUUCAACUCCAGCAGCCCUUGUCCAACAUUUGCAGGCUCACCAUGGACUUCAGGGUCUGAGCUACAAUGAAAGCAGGGACUCACUGGAUGGAUCCUCAGCAUGCUCACAUUGCGGCCAAUUAUUUCUUACAUUGGCUGGGUUGCGGUCUCACAUAGUGCAAGGCCGAUGUCAGUUUUUCAAUCCCCAGGCGACGGCCGAGACGUUGCCUGUGGACAACAUGUGGAAGGAGGCCUGUUUGGACGGCAAACUCUUGGAAAUUUUGAGAACACCUGCAGCACGCAUGCGUUUGACAAUUGUUUGCCAGGCAUGUGGCAAGGGCUGUCAACGUGCUUCAGAUCUCUCAUUACACCUUCAAUCUGCCCAUUCCAGAUUGUGGAGACAGUCUCAAAGGCUCACGAUGAUCUUGGUCGAUGUUUACUAUCAAUAUCAGUGCUUUUGCAACCCAAGCACAGGUGUCAAACGGGCCAAUCAUAUUUGCUUGCCUUUCAGGCAACUUGCAAUGGCAUUUCAUCGACUGGACAUGGAGCCCUUUGCCCCCACGGUCAUCACGGAUCAGGCAUUGAAGGAUAUCCUUGCAGCCUCAUUGCAACAUGACAUGAAGUAUCGGCUGGAACAAGCUCUGGUGCACCGAAAGUUUGCAGACACCUGGCAGGAUCCAGGACUUUUGCAAUUCCUGCGCACCACCUGUCUUCUCUGUGGAGAGCGCCAUCAACCUGCUGAUUUGACCUUGCACUUCCGAGAGGAGCACAACUGCAGACAUGAGAUGUUUCUUUUCUACAUGGAACAACUCUUGCCGACAGUUUUUGCUUUGAAUCUGGAUGAUUUUCAAUGCCGUUUAUGUGGACUCAUUUACAAUUUGCCUGCUGCAUUACGGCCUGAUGAAUCUUUGUCUGAUCGAGCACAAUUGGCCCAUUCUCACCUGAAGGGAUCCUGUCCAAUGGAGGAGGCAUUCGGGGCUCUGGCAUCACUGUUUGUGGACCACACACUGGCCCUUCCGGAGAAUCCCAGGCAGACCAAAGCGCGCAAGCGCGACGGGCCAAAAGGCCACGAUGCAGAGAUGGUAGACCCUCCACAAACCGGAGAUCAACCCACACCCGCCAUGAGAAUGCUGACAACCAUGGCUCAGCUGCUGAUCAGACACGAUCAAGAACUUCAGGGCCUUCGAAGGAUGGAUCAAUACAUUCUUUUUUUGAAUCCAGAUCCGACAGGAGCGCUCCACUUGCUCCUCCACGAGACAGUCCAGUGGAAGGAGAAAGCCGAGAAGAUGGAGGACUCAUCCCUGACUCAGAUGAUGCCGCUGAGACAGCACCUGAUGCUAGCCUUGCUGACCAGCAUGAGGAACAGGCUGGCCAAGCUCAUGACGAGCAAGGAGACCGAUCAGAUCUACAUCACCUCGGUCGACAAGGGCCUGAUUCUUGCAGACCGCAGCUUCCCCUACCACCGCUGGGAUCCGAAAACCCAGAUGUUGGUUCUGGACAAAAAGACCCCAGUGAGUGCCAAGAAGAUGGAUCAGCACUUGGAAGAGCUGGUGGAGAUGAUGCAGGACCGGGAGCUGAGCCCCGGACCCCAAGAGCGAUCGCGUCGUCCCCUGGCGCCUCCAGAUCAACCUUCGGAGCGACAGGGCCUACGACCUGCUCUUUCAUCUCGCUCACAAUUCGAUAUGGAUGGCAGUGGGUGCAACGAUGAAGCAGCAUACCCUGCAUCAAACCCCUAUGGCAACCGCUCUUCAGAGUAUGUUGGGCCAAUCCAAGGGCCACGGGAAGGGCAAACAGAAGGUGCACAAGAAAUCCCAGACCAAAUCAGUGUCCUGAGCCCUGCUCUGGUGGCCACCUUGACCCAAUGCCUAUGUGGAUUGCGGCUCACAAAUGACCGCAAUUGGUGCUAUGGCAACAGCAUCAUUCACAGCCUUCUUUGGGCGCUUGUGAGUUUCCAGGAUCCAAUGACGGACCUGUGGGGGGCACAUUUUGCUGAGCUCAUUUCGUUUUUGCAAACGUUUGCCAACAAACCGGCAACACUGCAGCAUACAGAUUGGUUUCGGCAGAUUGUCACAGAUUGGGGUGCAGAACUGGGUCAGAAAGAUUGCGCUGAAUGCGCGCAACGCACACUGGCUUGGCUGCAAUCGACUGCAUUUGACAUGCGAUGGGAAAGAAGAUUGGACACUGCUGCAGGGAUUCAAGUGCAUGAUCACAGUCGCAGAUUCACUCCCAUCACAUUGACUCUCUCACAACAUGACCAUGACAUGGGUUCUUGCAGUUUGAAUUCCUUGGUGACAGCCUGGGUUCAGGAGAAUGCGAUGUGCACUGCGCUCUUGGAUGCACCGGUCUGCGUCUGCAUACACAUUGACCGGUACUAUCGGUCUGAGGCUGGGGACAUUGUCAAAGGCCUGUGCAGAGUAGACAUUGAAUCAGAAGUGACAUUGCCCAUUUUCCGAAACUCCAAUUUGCUCUGUUCCAAUGCUGGCUACAUUCCAGUUGCUGCUGUGGCACAUUUUGGACAAGACUUGGCUGGACAUUGCAAAGCGAUUUUGAAGAUGCAGCCUACUGUGCUGGGUCAGACAACACCAGCAGCUUGGCUCAUCACUGAAGAUGAUUGCUUCCCCAAAGCCAUUUGGCAAUACCCCAUAUGGUAUGCCAGCAACGUGGUAGUGAUCUGGAUGGUCCGUACGGACUGCUUGCGCCUUCCCAUAGAAGAAGCGCAGAGAGAGAAGAGAAAAGAGCGCGCAGACGAGCCCGCGCCCGCCGCGCGGCCCGAAGUGUGCACGGGUUGGGCCCCCGACACACUCCCUGGCCUUGGAUCAGUGGAUUUUCCAAACGGAUAUUUUUAUUUGGCUUCUCGGGUUGGGGCACCCGACUUCAAUCCUGAUUGUCCCCUUGCAAUUGUGUCGACAGAUUGGUGCGCCCCUGCUGGCCAACGUUUAGCCCUUGGUGAGGGUUGCUGUGAUCCCACUGUCACAGCAGGAGCAGACAGAUGGAUCUAUGCCUUCUGCCAAGACUCUGCGAAAGGUGGACAACCGCCACAAAUGAGCAAUGGCUCAAAUCGUCCUCUGCUACCUCAGACAGCUGUACACAAGCGCAGCUACAAGCGUGCCUGUCGUCGAGCUUUGACGUAUGGGAACUCCCAUUAUCAUGGUCGGUCCAUGCAAGUACAGGAUUUUCCACCGGCAUUGGUGCAAAAAAUCCAACAAGACAUGCAGCCUCACGGACGCCGAAGCUUACCAACCAAACAGCUCCGACCCAAGGACAGAAUUUCUUGCCUACAUUGGAACCCUGGUGGCUUAUCUCAAGCAGGUUUCCUGGAGGUGAAACAAUGGCUGCAUCACCACCCAGCAGACGUGGUAGUCAUUACAGAGACUCGUUGGGGCUUCUCUUCCAAUUGGGCUGAUCCCAACUGGCUCUAUGUGCACACGGCUUCACAAGAACACCGCAGUGGCGGCAUCUUGGCCAUGGUCUCCAGGCGCAUCGCGGACCCUGAACAGCUUGGCUUUGCAGCUAUUGCUGAUGGGCGUCUAUUACAGAUCCGCUUGCGCUAUGACCAGAGAGCCCUUGACAUCUUGGCCAUAUACCAAUAUGUUGACCAACGGUCAGCAAUGUCUCUACAACAAAGAGACAAAAUCUGGACGGCACUCAAUGAAACGUUGCACAAGAUUCCCUCUCGCAACAAUUUACUGUGUGCAGGAGAUUUCAACUGUGCUCUUUCAACACAGCCGCCAUGGGAGACACAGACCUGGCAUUGCCUGAGACAACAGGUCAUCGAGACCUUGCACGAACCUCAUCAGGCCACCACGCCAGAAGCGCUGAUUCAGCAGGCUUGGUUCCAUCGAUCACAAUAUCAGCACCUCCAACGCAAGCAACAGCGCGAUGCCAGGCAAGCCAAACGAGCUCAGUUCAUUGCUCUUUGUGAAGAAGUUACUGUUGCCUCCCAGGUUCAUGACACUCAUUCCAUGUUCAACAUCAUCAACAGAUACUCUCCAAAGAAGCCGCUGGCACGGGCUAGACUGAGAAGUCCCGACGGAACCAUAGCUGAUCAAUAUGUGGCUCACUCCAUGACUGUUUCUUUCGUUCAAAAGAUGUGGCAGGGACCUGCCCAACUGCCACGCUACUGGGCUGAAGCGCCGGGCGUUCCAUUUGCGAUCGAAGAUGUGAUUGCAGCCGUGACCGCACUUCACACCAACAAAUCAUUCGGGUUCCUGCCAAUGCGAGCGGCCACUGAUGCAAUCAUGCGUGUUGCGGCCCACAGCAACAACAUCCGUGAAUUAGUUGGUGCACAUCGACGCACGGUCCGGAAUCAAAUAGCUACCCCUGAUGGUACAGUGAUCUGUGGAGGCCUGUCCCUUUUUCUGGACCUGAAUCGAGCCUUCGAUUGUGCCGACCGAACUGCAAUCCUUGAUCACCUGUUGGCGCUAGGGCGACAAUGGAUUUACGACAAUCUGACAAUCUAUGCGGACGAUGUGCAUAUCGGGUGCCGUUUCAUGUCAGCAAGUGCACUGAAGGAACACCUGGUUAACAUUGGCCAUGCCCUGGAUGUGAUCGAACGCAUGACGGACUGCAUUCUCCCGACUGCGGCCAUGGCUCAGAAACAGGUUCCAGUGAAUGUGGACGCAUCCGACCCAAUCAGCCUGCAGGUCCAGCCGAGCCCAAUGACUGAGCCUGCGGAUGAACCUCCCAGACAGAUAACAGCCACGGAAGUAGUCCAAAAUACCUUCCAGAUCACCCGUCAGCCAUUUUGGCCGGAUUUGCAAAGCAACAUCCUGACAGAUGACUGGACUGUGCUGAGUCAACAAGCGCCGGCACUGGAAUCCCUCACACAUCACUGUGCCAUUUGCGGCACCUGGUGCAAUAGAUUUCAGGAAAUGCAUGGCCACUACCGGCUCUACCAUCAUGACCAGCUGCGCGGAGGGAUUGCCAAAGGAGUCCAACUCUCCCAUGUCAUACAACAGACCUCACCUUGCCCACUGUGUGAGAAGCAGUACACUCGUGUACAUAGUUGCCCGGUGACUCUCCAGAUCGGCAUUUUGCGCCUCCAAAUGAUGGAGCCUGAUGUUCGCAAUCAAUCUGAACUCACAUGCGAGAUCUGCGUUCAGCAAUUUGAUGACACUGGACAACUGUACUCUCACAUGGCUCAAACACAUGGUCAUACACUGAAUGACUGGGUGCCUUCGAGGGACUCCGUGCAGGGUUCUGACAAAUGCCGACACUGCCAAGCCAGCUUCGACAGCCGCUCAGGCCUUCGACGCCACAUAACUGAGGGCAGAUGCGAAGCUUUUGAUCCGGCGGCAUCUUUGGACCCGGUGGAUAACACCCAACGAUGGGGCACUUGGCUGCGCCUUGGUGAUUUUUCACCAACUGGCCUUACAGCGCACCAGAGGCUUCAGUUGACCACAGUGUGUCAAUUCUGUGAGACCAAGUACAUGAGAACCGGAGACGUCGUAGCUCAUCUGUUGCAAGCGCAUGGACAUACUUGGACAGCCUCCCAGCAGAUGCUCAGGUACCUCCUGCAGACCGUCAUGGCUACCCGGGGCUGCAUUUGCAACCCACAGGCACAUGAGGUUGGAUUGGCUCACAUCUGCACACCCUUGCGUCAAAUAGCGAUGCUCAUGGCCAAUGGAGAUGUUCAAUUGCUGGUUCCACAACAGUUCAGUGCCGCCAUCCUUGCCCCGGCCAUGGAACACCUGAAUCACGUGACCCUGCAACAGAGGUUGAUUGACAUUCUGGUUUCUCGGGAUUUUGCCCAGCUUUGGACAGAUCAGACUGCACUGACCGGACUCCGUUCACGAUGUAUGAUUUGUGGAGGACACUAUCAACCGCCAGAGCUGCUGCGACAUCUGCUCACCAUCCAUCCUCAGACCAGCGCGUGGGCCACUCAGUUUGCUUUUCAAUUGUAUGAGCCUCUGCACCGAUUCCAGCAGACGGACUUUCAAUGCAAUCUAUGUUUACAGGUCUUCAACUUGCCGGCUGAUUGCUCCAGAUUGCCACGCUGCUACAACCGAUCAAUGGACGCCCUGAUGGACCCCAACGAUCAGGCCCUCAUGGAGGGAUUGGCGGCGCUGGGCCCAUACCUUUUAGGCACCAGGAAACAUCACGAAGGAAACGAAGACGAGCACCAACACAAGCGACACAAACCCAAGACCAAGGAAGAGCCAGAGGCCGCAGGACUCAACAAAGAGGCCAUCACCACACUGCUGCGACUGAUGGGCAACCUGAUCCUCCAUCACGAGAGGAGCUUACAACUCAGCCACCGUCAGGAUUGCUUCGUUAUGUUCUGCCAAAAUCGACCGGAAGGCAUUGUCCCGCACCUUGCGGGACUGGCCCAACACUGGAAGGAGGAAUGGCCGAAGCAGCAGGACAACCUGAAGUGGCCCAACCUUCGCACCUACCUGAUGCAAGGGGUCAUCAAGGAACUUCACCGUCGGGUUCAACAACUGGCCAACUGCAAACAGGGCGACCAACUUUGGGAGGUGGCGCUGAGCAAAGGCACAGUACUGCCGGAUGGGGCAUGGAGCUAUCAGAAGUGGUCGCCAGAGACCAAACAACUGAUCAGGGCUCCCAGACCGCCCAUGUCAAUGCAAACAAUGCUCCGGACCUUGGCGACGUUGGAGGAUCUCCUGGACAGCAAUCAACACGUGGUCCUGUUCAAGAGUGUGGGAUCUGUUGGGGGACACGUGCCACAACACAGUGUGGUCGUUGUUGGGGAUGAGCGUCAAACGCCACAACCAGAGCAUGUCGCCACAAGCCGUCCUGUUACAACGAGCCUUGGGGAAAGGCAUGACAACUCAGGGCAAGAGCCGCGGCAGAGGGAAGGGCAACAAGGACAAGGGGACCGCUUGACUGCUGAGGCCCGGCAUGACCUUCGUGAACGUGCCCUGAGAGUGAUCUAUGCCAAUACGGGGAAUACAUGCUACGCCACCAGCUCUUUUCAGAGCCUGAUAUGGGCUAGCCUGUCCAGAGUGGAUUUUCGAAUCCAGGAGUGGGGUGCACGUUCAGCCAUUCUCCAAGAUGUUUUACAACAUGGGGACGGGGAACCAUUCUCUCUUGAGCAUGAACCAUGGUUUACACAUCUACUGCAAGGAUGGAUUGAGGACGGGGAACAGGCUGACAGUGCUGAGUUCACACACAUGUUAGCCAGCUGGACGGCCAUGACAGCCAUCUCCAACUGCUGGGAGCGCCGUGUGCUGACAGAAGAAAAUACCCUGCUGCAUGACUCUGGUGACAAAUACAUGCCACUUACAGUGCAACUGGACCCCACCAUGAUCGACCAUCAUGAAGUGCACCUCACUGCCCUGCUCAGGUCUUGGCACACCGAGCUUGGUAUGCUGGCAGGGCUCUCGGACCCGGACGACCUGCUCCUGUUGCAUGUCGACCGCCUUGUCCAGCAUCCCAAUGGCACACUGUGUAAGUGCCAGGCUGCCGUAAGAUUCGCAUGGGAAGUAUUAGUGCCUGUACUUCAGGUGACCCGCUGCGAGUGGAUGCCCUACACCAUUGUAGCCUGUAUUGCGCACUUUGGUGAGGAUAACAGCGGGCAUUACCAAAGCAUGCUGAGGGUAUUUCCUGAGACGUCCGACCUAGCCGCACCAGCUAUGUGGAUGUCAUGUGACGACGGUCGAGCCCCUCAACGCUGUCUUGAGAUUUCAGAAACAUUUGCACGUGGCAUCACCUGCAUUUGGCUGUGUCGCUCUGACAAAGUUGAGAUGCAUCGUUUGAGGCCAUCACCCCCACAACGCCCCACUGACGAUGCGGCCAUCCUGGCUCUACUUGCCAGCCAACCGGACCCGGAACCCUGA